AUGGAGGACGCUUUGAAAAAUGAGCUUGGAUUGGAAUUUGUUCGAAUUUGCGGGCAUGGCUAUGGCACGAACACCACGGAAACUGUGGAAACGGACAGAGGAAGAAUGUUCAUCAAAUAUGGGAAGGGCGAAUUUCUCGCCGUUGGCGAAUUUGAGUCAUUGAAGGCGAUUCUGAACACGCAUGCGAUUCGGUGUCCGAAUCCGAUAAGCACAAUUCAUUUUAAAGAUGAUUGGGCUCUUGUCACCUCGUUUGAAACAAUGCAUAAAGAUCAUGAAGGAAUGGAAAAGUUUGCGGAGAAACUGGCCAGAUUACACAUGCACAAUCCGAGAUUGAUUGCUGAAAAUGAGAAGCGCGAUGGUUUUGUUGGGGAAAAUGAUGAGAUGGGUGUUCGACGAUUCGGGUUUCAUGUGCCGACAUGUUGCGGGUCGAUACCGCAAAAUAAUGAAUGGGCUGACGAUUGGCCGACGUUUUUUAUUCGAAAUCGCCUUCAAAGCCAGAUUAAUCGAUUGAUUGAGAAGGGCGAUCGAAGCCUUCUCGACAAACAGGAUUUGCUCUAUCGCGCCGCCGAAAAGCUGCUGUUGCCCAGAAAAGAUAUUGCACCAAGUUUGGUGCAUGGCGAUUUGUGGAGCGGCAAUUGGAGUUGCGUCAAUAAUGAGCCGAUCAUAUUCGACCCGUCGGCGAGCUAUUCCGACCCCGAAUUUGAGCAAGGCAUUAUGAAUAUUUUUGGCGGCGUCACCACCAACUUUUACAGCAUUUACUAUUCAAUAGUUCCCGAUCAAAUUGGAAGGGAGAGGAGGGUUGAGCUCUAUGAGCUGUACCACCUCUUGAAUCACUGGAAUCACUUCGGCUCGGGCUAUAAGCGUUCCAGCAUGGAUGUAAUUAAUAAAUUGAUACGACAAUGA